UUAAAACAUAAAUAUACCAAAUUACGAAAUUAAAAACACUUAUAAUUAUUAUUUCCAAAUGUUAUGUAAUUUUAAUUUACUUAUUUUACAUAAAUUUACUUUAUCUUAUGUUAACUUCCAUGUUAGCGUGUUUGUCAUAUAACCUCCCUACUUUGGUGUUUGUGCGAAGCACGUUUUUAUAGAACUCUGGUGUUUCUGAUAGUGUACGAGAUGGCUGAGACUAUGAGGCGGACGGUCAAUAUGAUGUUGCAGGGGAUUGAAAGGUACAAUCCAUUGAACCUGCAGACGUUUGAACGUUACGUUGAAAUCCAGUCUCAGGAGAACGCGUACCAUUUGGAGGCGAAUCUCGCUGUGCUCAAGUUAUAUCAGAUAAACCAGAAUUUCAAUAUUGAAAUAAUCUGCCACAUAUUGUUGAAGGCGCUGACCAACCUGCCGCACACAGAUUUCAUCCUUUGCAAAUAUCUUUUAAACAAAUCACUCUGUAACACGUCUCCUAUUAAGGAAAUCAUCGAAUUGGCCGACCUUUUGGAAUGCUGCGAAUUCCAGAAAUUCUGGAUCAAGGCGAGAUCGAUGGACGAGCUCUGCUCGAGGAUCGUCGGCUUCCAUGACUCGAUCAGGAAAUUCGUCUGUCAUGUCGUUGGGAUCACAUUCCAGACGAUAAACAAAAAUCUUUUAGUACAACUCCUUGGAGGCGUAGAUGAUACGACGUUUCAAUUGAAACAGUGGGUCCAGAAGUACGGCUGGAAAGAAAUUGAUGGCAAUAUGAUCUUCAUAGCCAACCAGGAUGAAAACAUCAAAACUAAAAAUAUUACCGAAAAGAUUGAUUUUGAAACCGUUUCCGGGAUUAUGGCUGCUUGCAAUUAAUUGAUUCUGUUUGUAUUAAACAUUUUGUAAAUUAUGAAUAAAAUACAAUUUCUACUAAAA